AGAGGUGAUUGUCAAGGCCAGCUUCCACGAUACUGUAUGCGGCAAUGUCAUACUCAUCAACUACAGUUUCAUCUUCCCCGAUAGAGGGACAGAAGCCGGGGACGAGCGGACUAAGGAAAGCUGUCAAAGUCUACUUGCAAAAAAAUUACACGGAAAAUUUUGUGCAGAGUAUACUGGAAGGGGGGUUAAGUAAAAUAGAGGGUUCGACUCUAGUCAUCGGAGGCGAUGGACGAUACUAUGAAAAGGAGGCAACAUUGCUCAUCAUUAAAAUGUGUGCAGCAAAUGGGGUGUCUAAAGUAAUAGUUGCUCAGAAUGGUUUAAUGUCAACACCAGCAGUAUCCUGUGUCAUUCGUAAAUACAGAACUAAUGGUGGAAUUAUUUUGACUGCAAGUCACAAUCCUGGGGGCCCAGAUGCUGAUUUUGGCAUAAAGUUCAAUACUGAAAAUGGAGGUCCAGCUCCAGAAAAUGUAACAGACAAAAUAUUUGAAAGAACAAAAAGCAUCAGUCAGUACAAGAUUUGUCCCGAUUUGAAUGCUGAUAUCUCCAAAGUUGGCCUUUCUACAUACACGGUUGAUGGUAAAGAGUUCAGUGUUCAGGUCAUAGACUCCGUGUUGGAUUAUGUGGAGUAUAUGAAGGAAAUAUUUGACUUCCCUGCUCUGAAAAACUACCUGUCCACAGGGAAACAAGUGCUUAUUGAUGCAAUGAAUGGAGUUAUGGGUCCAUAUGCCGAGAAGGUGAUCUGUGAGGAGCUUGGGGCCCCACAGAACAGUGUGGUCAACAGCACCCCUCUAGAGGACUUUGGGGGCAAACAUCCCGACCCCAAUCUGACUUAUGCUGCCGACUUAGUGACAGAGAUGGCCAAGGGGCAUUAUGAUUUUGGUGCUGCAUUUGAUGGAGAUGGAGACAGGAACAUGAUCCUGGGAAAGAAUACUUUCUUCGUGACGCCAUCAGAUUCUUUGGCUGUUUUAGCACAUUAUCUAGAAUGUAUUCCAUAUUUCAAAGAGACUGGGGUCAAAGGUUACGCCCGGAGUAUGCCAACAAGUGGAGCAGUUGACAGAGUGGCUAAAGCCAAGAAUCAAACUUGUUUUGAGGUUCCGACAGGAUGGAAAUUCUUUGGAAACUUGAUGGAUGCUGGUCGCCUGUCUCUUUGUGGGGAGGAGAGCUUUGGAACCGGGUCAGACCACAUCCGUGAAAAGGACGGCUUAUGGGCGGUCCUAGCCUGGCUGUCCGUCCUAGCCAAUCAGAACUGCAGUGUGGAGGAAUGCAUAAAAAAGCACUGGCACACCUAUGGUCGAAACUUCUAUACAAGAUAUGAUUAUGAAAACUGUGAAUCAGAACCAGCCAAUAAGAUGAUGGCAAAUCUAAAUGCAUAUGUUGCUGACCAGUCCAACAUUGGAAAAGUAUUUACCUCUGGAGACAAGUCUUACACAUUAGCCAAGGCAGACAACUUUUCUUACACAGAUCCUGUGGAUCACAGCAUUAGUAAAAACCAGGGUAUUCGCCUGAUAUUUUCCGAUGAUUCCCGCAUCAUUUUCCGCCUCAGUGGAACAGGAAGUAGUGGCGCCACCAUUCGGAUGUAUCUGGAAGGGUACGAGAGUGACCCAGCCAAAUAUGACAUGGAUCCACAGGUUGUUCUGCGUCCCCUGAUAGACAUUGCACUCAAGUUAUCCCAGCUGCCUGAACUGACAGGAAGAGAUGCUCCAACCGUUAUCACAUAAACUACGUUCUCUAAGCUGUUUUUGUAAAUUAAGAAACACAGUUUUUGGACAGAGUCAUGAAUUCUAUGUAUUUAAAUACAUAUGAUAUAUAUUAUAUAGCUUUCAUAUUUGUCUUAUUCAUAAGGUUUUAUUUAUGCAUAAUACACUGUACCUGAAUAAGUUGAACAAUUAAUAUAAUACAUGUAUUUGUUUGGUAUUUCUAAAUUUACUGGUACAUGUAUAUGAUUUCGAACAGAAAUAGUAAAUUCUGCAUCUCUGAUUGCAUAUAAGAAGAGUACAGUGUCUGCACUUUAUUUUUCACUGUGUUUAGUGUUUUUUAAUAAAUUGGAUGUUUGUUUGAUUGGCCUGAUAACCUGUUUAUGACUAUAUAUCAACUGACCCGAUUUUGUCUGCAGUAUCUCCGGGUCAUAUGUCUGUGUACAUUAUAUAUACACCAAUAUAUACCCAUUGUGUAGACAACACUCUACUUAGUUAACAGGGAUAGACACGCACAUCUGAGCUAUAGGGUCAAGUGUAGAUAUAUAGGUUGGACAAAUGUUAUUCAUAUAGACCUUAGCUGUCCUUGGGCUUGUGCCAUCUAUGUUUAUUGACAUAAUAACACAAGUGUGCUGACAAUAUUGGAAGUUAAGUGCUGAUAAAGGGGAUAAUGGGGGGACAGAAACCAGGUGCUAUAGUCAGAGUGACUGUGUCAAGUCUUAUGUCACAUCACCCCUGAAGGGACUGCCCCCCCCCCCCCCCCCCCCCCCCCCCCGUUAAGUUCGUCCACUUAAAAAAGAUUCUUCAUUAUUUAGGGUAUAUUAUGGCCAUUACUGUAUUGUGCAUUAUUAUCUAUAUUAUUAAAUUCUUAUAAAUUUAAGACUCAAAACUUUUAUCCAGCCAUCAUUGUUUUGGUCAGUUUGAACUUCAGCUGGAUUUGAUUAAAAGCUGAAGUAUAAAUUACAUGCAACUCCAUUUUUCUUGAUGUUUGGCAAACCAGGAAGGUGUGAAAUACUAACAAACCCUGUAGAGGAUUGAUCUAAGAAACCGUUAACCAAGUGCUAAAUACCAUCAAAGAAAAUGUAAAUGAACAUGGACAAACUUCCUCAUCAAUGAAUGGCACCCUUCAAAGGGAACCGGUGAGACUCCAUGCAGACUGGAAAGAAUUUCUCACCAAGCACACAAAGACUUGAUACUCGAUUGCCCCAGGAGUUUAUUUUGUGGAUGGUUCAUUAGCACAACCAAAAUUAGUGGGGGGCCCGUAGGGGGCUAAUUUUAAGGAUGAUAGGAGUUAGCAUGUGACAAUAAUAAGCUUUCUCUGUGGUGCUUUGCUUUUGAUUGUUACUGCUUGUUAAAUAUAACCAUUUAAUCAAUACUGUUGAAAUAAAUUACUAUGAUGAUGA